GCCAACUUCACAAAGGUUCGGCCGAGUCCUUUUGCGAGUUUCCGCGACGAGACGCAAAGCGAUGGCAAGCCCGGACGCUGACGGAUUGCAAAUUGCUGUUUCGCGCGUGACAGCACAAAACGGAAUUAGGAUAAACGCUUUUCUUCGCUUUUGCGUACAACGGCCUGUAAUUAUGCGAGCCGCAGCCGGCGCGUCGAGCGCGCGCCUUUGCGCGAAGGAUCGGGUGGAAAUUGCGUGCAGGAGCCCGCAGGCAAAUUUGACACGCAACUUCCGCGCUUACGUUAGACACAAUGGACGGUAACAAUCGCGACGGUUAGCACAACGGUAACUAUAACUUGUCUUACACUUAAUAUGAAAUUUUCAACUUAAUCAAGAUAAUUGAACUCGCUGUACGUUUAACGAAAUAAUCCGGCUUUGCGUCAGAGAAAGGGAAUUACAGUUUUACUUGCUACUAUAAAAUGCAUUAAUCCUCAGCCAUAUAAUUUAAUGUGACUGGCUGCUAAAGCACUUAUUAGUUUCAUUAAUUACAUCUCGUUGCGAUGCUUCGCGAUGGCAAAACCGUUUUAAUCAUCGAUUACCCUCCGUUGCGUUAAAUAUUUAAAAGCGGCGUAAGAAAUUCUCUCUCCCUUUCCCUCUUUCUUUCUCUUAAUUAAAGAUAAUCACGCUGGGAGGUAAUAAAAAUGAAUAACGUUUCAGUUUUAUAGAAGAGCGCGUGAUUAACGCUACGGAAGUGGUGGAACACGACGGCUCCGUGACCACGUGAAGCGGCUGGGCCUCUUGCGAGGGGGGGGUCGAGAACCGCGUGCGUACCCCCUUAGAGCGCCCCUUCUUAGACGAUGAUAGACCCAAGUUCAUCCGAGGAGGAGAGUGAGGAGGACCAGAGCACUCACCAUGGCGGCGGUGGCGGCGGUGGCGGCGGCCGCGCCGGGAGCGGCAGUUCCCACGGUUCCCGUCGUCAUCCCGGAAGUAUCGGAAGCGGCCCGGGCUCCGGUAGCGUCGGCUCGCUCGCGUCCGGCCUCACCGCCUCGCCGGGGGGCCCGAACCACGUGGGCCCGCCGAGCACCGCGAGCACCCACGGAUCCGGAAGUCGCGUCGCCGCGGGGCCGCAGGACACCGCCGGGGCCGGUCUGGACGUGCCCAAUCUCUCCAGCGCCAGGAACUCCCUGUCGCCGUCGAUGAGCGCGGCCCAGGACGCCGCGAAUUACGCUCAGCGGCCCACCAGUCCGUCUCCCUCGGUGGCCAGCGAGAAGACGGAAGCGGAGCUGCAGGAUAAGCAAGAGAGGGAGGAGGAGCAGAGGAAAACUCGGAUUCAGCUUUACGUCUUCAUAUCUAGAUGCAUCGCUUAUCCGUUCAAUGCGAAGCAACCGAUGGACAUGACGCGAAGGCAGAUGAAAGUAACGAAGCAGCAACUAGAGACCAUAUGUUCUCGUUUUCAGAGCUUUUUGAAGGGCGAGACGCAGAUCAUGGCCGACGAGGCAUUCCAUAAUGCCAUACAGAAUUACUACGACGUGUUCCUCAAGUCGGACCGAGUGGUGCAGAUGGUACAGAGCGGUGCAUGCUCCCAGCUCGACUUCCGCGAGGUAUUCAAGAAGAACAUUGAGAAGCGUGUUCGGAGCCUCCCGGAAAUCGACGGGCUGAGCAAAGAGACUGUGCUUACGUCCUGGUUGGCCAAAUUCGAUUGCAUCUUGAAAGGUACUGGUGACGAGGACACCAAACGGCCUUCCAGGAUGCAACAGCAGUCUUUGAACUCGGAGCUGAUACUGUCGAAGGAGCAGCUGUACGACAUGUUUCAGCAGAUUCUCGGCAUCAAGAAGUUCGAGCACCAGCUUCUGUUCAACGCCCUCCUGUUGGACUCAGCCGACGAACAGGCUGCCGCCAUCAGGAGGGAGCUGGACGGUCGCAUACAAAAGGUCAACGAGAUGGAGAAGAACCGCAAGCUCAUGCCCAGGUUCCUUCUGAAAGAGAUGGAGUCGCUCUACAUCGAGGAGCUCAAGUCGUCUAUCAACCUGCUAAUGACUAAUCUGGAGUCGUUACCGGUCUCCAAGGGUUCGAUAGACAGCAAAUACGGGCUGCAGAAGCUGAAGCGCUACAACCAUCGUGGUGAGCGCUCCCGCUCCCGCUGUCAGGGCUCCCUCGCUAAACUGGAGGGCGACUCCGCCGAUUCCGAUCCCCAGCUGACGAAAAUGGACGUCGGCCUGACCUUCCAGCUGGAAGUAGUCGUAAUGGAGGUCAAGGGCCUCAAAAGCCUAGCACCCGAUAGAAUAGUUUAUUGCACCAUGGAGGUGGAGGGCGGCGAGAAGCUGCAGACCGAUCAGGCCGAGGCCUCCAAGCCUAUGUGGGACACUCAGGGUGACUUCACGACAAUGCACCCGCUGCCGGUGGUCAAGGUCAGACUGUACACCGAGAAUCCGGCGAUGCUCGCGCUCGACGACAAGGAGCUGGGCAAGGUGAUCCUGCGGCCCACCCCGCUCUCGUGCAAAGUGCCCGAGUGGCAUCGCAUGAACGUGGCCAAGAAUUGCGCCGAUCAGGAUCUACGCAUGAAGAUCGCCUGCCGCAUGGACAAGCCGCUCAACAUGAAGCACUGCGGCUAUCUCUACGCGAUGGGCAAAUCCGUAUGGAAAAAGUGGAAGAAGCGGUACUUUGUGUUGGUCCAGGUCUCGCAGUACACAUUUGCGAUGUGCUCGUACAAAGAAAAGAAAAGCGAGCCGUCGGAAAUGAUGCAGCUCGAUGGCUAUACAGUGGACUAUAUCGAGGCCGUUUCUGCUAAUCUCAUGGUCGGCAUGGAUUUGGAGGGAGGAAGAUAUUUCUUCAACGCUGUGCGCGAAGGCGACAAUAUAGUGUACGCCUCGGACGACGAGAACGAGUGUCACUUGUGGGUGAUGGCAAUGUAUCGGGCGACUGGCCAGUCGCACAAGCCCACUCCGCCGGUCUCUGUCGCUGACAAGAAUUCAACCAUCAGUAAGAUUCAGGGUGACGCCGACCGUGCCAAGAAGCACGGGAUGGAGGAUUAUAUCAGCGCAGAUCCGUGCAAGUUCGACCAUCACGGUUUGUUCAAGUACCUGCAGAACUUGAUCCUGGACUACAGACUGAACGAUCCUUACUGUUCGCUCGGCUGGUUCUCGCCUGGUCAAGUUUUUGUGCUGGAUGAAUACUGUGCCAGAUACGGCGUGCGCGGGUGCUUUCGGCAUCUUUGCUAUCUUCAUGAUCUGUUGGACAGAAUCGAUCGUGGAAUUAUGAUAGAUCCAACAUUGAUACACUUUAGUUUCGCCUUCUGUGCCACUCAUGUUUAUGGUAAUACAACAUCCGCCGAUGGCGUGGGUUCGAUUACCCACGAGGAGAAAGAUAAGUUUCAGGAGAUUAAAGAACGACUCAGGCAAAUUCUCGAAAGCCAAAUCACCAACUUUAGGUACGGUUUCCCAUUCGGGCGUCCGGAGGGCGCGUUAAAAGCAACUUUAUCCCUCUUGGAACGCGUGCUCAUGAAGGACAGCGUGACGCCCGUGCCGCAGGAAGAAGUGAAAGCCCUGAUAAAGAACUGCUUGGAAACCGCGGCACUUGUAAACUACACCAAAUUGUCCGCCGAAGCAAAGAUCGAAGACGAUCUGAGCGGUGAGGUGUGCGUGCCAUCCAGCAAGAAGCUGGAGGAUCUUAUACAUCUCGCCGAAUUGUGCGUCGACCUGCUCCAGCAAAAUGAGGAACAUUAUUCGGAGGUAGCGUUCGCCUGGUUUAGCGAUCUUAUGGUGGAGCACGCCGAGAUCUUCUGGUCACUCUUCGCCGUCGACAUGGAUAAAGUACUCGCGGAGCAACCGCCGGACACGUGGGACAGUUUCCCACUGUUCCAGAUAAUGAAUGAUUAUCUCAGGACCGACGACAAUUUGAAGAACGGAAGAUUCCAUCAGCAUCUACGCGACACAUUCGCGCCGUUGGUGGUGCGUUACGUUGAUCUUAUGGAAACGUCAAUCGCUCAGUCGAUUCACAAGGGCUUCGAGAAGGAGCGAUGGGAGAUCAAGGGGAACGGUUGCGCCACAUCGGAGGAUCUCUUCUGGAAGUUGGACGCGCUGCAAUCGUUCAUCGGCGGUUUGCACUGGCCUGAUCAGGAGUUCAGGCAACACCUUGAGCAGAGACUAAAAUUGAUGGCGUGUGACAUGGUGGAGUCGUGCAUUCAGAGGACCGACGCGGCCUUCCAGCAGUGGCUUAAGAAAGGCAUGACCUUCAUUUCCACAGAUUAUAUCAUACCGUCGGAAAUGUGCGCUAUGGUGAACGUUAUUUUGGACGCCAAGAAUCAGAGUUUUAAGCUUUGUACUGUCGAUGGAGUCGAUGUGCAUCAAUAUCACUCCAAGAUCGAUGACAUGAUUGAAAAGACAUCAGCGGGAAUGAAUCAAGGGAUGAUUAAUAAGUUAAUAACGGUAUUGGAAGCGACACUGUCUAAGCUGUCUCGUUACGACGAGGGUUCUUUCAUUGGCUCCAUUCUCAGUCUCACGAAAGUAUCAGGGAGCGGCAAGGAAAUGGGACAGGCUUACGUAAAUUUCAUGAGAAAUUGCAUGGAUCAGAUUCGCAGCAAAGUCCUCGACGAAUUGUGGAUUUUAACUUUCUUCGAGCAAUGGUACACGGCGCAGAUACAAAUGUUAUGCAAUUGGUUGUCCGAGAGGCUCGAUCAUAGCCUGCAUUUGUAUCAAUGUACCUGCCUAGCUCAUAUCGUGAAGAAGAUCUACUCGGACUUUGAGCUCCAGGGUGUCAUGGAGGAGAAACUCAACACGAAGACAUAUCAGACUAUAGACAAGAGGAUGAAGACGGAAGAAGCAACUUGUGCCUUAACCAUGAGCGCUCAGAACGAAGAAGGGCUUUCGGAGAACGGCAAUGAUGACGAAGUGGAGAGACCUAAGACAAAAGUGACGAUCGUUGAGACGGAAGAGAAUUACGUGGCCAAUCUGAGCAACGUCACCUCGAACGUUGUUGGCAAAGUCGGUAGCAUGUUCGGCAAGGGCAUCGGCGGUCUUUCUACAAAGCUCGGCUCAGCCAGCAAUUGGUUCUAGUUAUUGUUUCUAGCACUCUGCCAGUAAACCUUACAUUCGACUAGUACGUUCCUUCGUCUAAAUAAGGGGAUGCGAACGGGGAGACUUCUAAAGGCGUAGACAGUACCCUAUAGGCAGUACGAUGAUCUAGAGUUUUGUCCAUAUAAACGAAUGGUACGUUUAAACGAUGCAAUCGAUCGGAUCAGUUGGCUUUUACCACCUAGCAGAUUGUUUCGGUUUUAUUGCGGAUUUCCUCUUUGCGAGAGACUUCCGGCCGUUCGCUGUGACAUUCGACGCGCGGAGCUAACAAAAUUAAAACUUAUCGAUUAAUCGAACAACUAAUUGCUAAUAUAUUUACGUUGAUUUAGUCAUAGCUUUCGGAUUUGAGAUAAUAAUACAUAUUAGACGUAACAAUGCGCGCGUUGAGAAUUAUGCGAACUCGUUGCGGGCUCGUUUGAAUUAAUCGGUUACUAUUUAUUUUUCAUCUCAGGUAAUAGCAGAAACAUAGUCGAAAUAUUAUAUAUUCGGAAAGGCUGAUUGUGCGAAAACACGUACGAUAUAGACCAGAGUAAACGCGUAGAUAUCUAAUCAUAUUACAAAGGUGUAUGUAUAUAAACGUACAUGCAUAUGCAACGUGUAAUUAUGAGGUAUUCAUACAUUCUGUCGUGGUCUGCAUGCGCCAGACUAACGUCAUUAUAUAUAUUAGCUGAGUUGUCAGAGCACAGAAUGCAGAGUUUUCCUACCUAGUCUGUGUACCGCCAAUUGUUUUUGCGGAUUUAAUUGUCGAAGGAUAAGAGCACGGACAUGCAUUUGUCGCUGAAAAAGAUUCUCGGGUCGAUUGCAACGUUACUUGGGUGUAAGACGUGGGACCGCGAUAACGGAAGCGCGGAAAGUCCCUGAAUAGAAAAGGGAAAACGGGGCGGGAGAGGAACCGCGACUGACGAAGUUGCUUACCGAAUUAAUUUUGCGACCAGCGAGGCAAUGCUUUUUCAACUGUUAGAUACGAUCGCUGUUGUCUGUUGGACGACCAUUCGCCCGAUAGAUUCGAACGGAAGAUCUCUCGUGUCGUCGCAAAAAUCUGUCGCGAAGCAAAGAAAGGAACGUUGUUUUCUUUCAUAAAAUAAAAUAUGCAAGAUGGGAAAGAUUUGCCGAGAAAUAUUUCUUUUCCGGCGAAGCUAAAGAUUUAUUUCGCAAAAAUCUUCAACCACUUUUCAUUGGAAUUUUCACUGCAAUUGAAUCCCAAUCGAAAUUUCCGAGACAUUGAGCUAAAAUUGAGUUACAAUCAAUUACGAGACUCUGUUAUUUAUGUUUCUGAAAUUUAACUGAUAAAAUAUCUGUGUUGCAAAUUAUCACGUUUUUUCAUCAAUCUGUAUCUUGAAUAUUUUUGUGGUCUGAGGCACUUUGUACAAGAAUUAAUACAGUUGAUAUUAUUCAUAUAUAUAAUAUAUCGUACGUAUAAUGUUCAAGAUUAGGUUGUCAGCAGUGAUAAAUAAGUUUAAUGACAUUCAACUUGCAUGAAUAAUCGAUAACAGUUUCUCAAACGGCAAUAAAUAAUAAGUACAUAAAUAUUUAAUAUGAUUAUUGUAUACAUACAGUGUUAUCUUACGUGGUUUCUUUCCGAUGGUACUAUAAAAUUAUUAAUCACAUAGAGAGGCGUAAGCGUACUAAUUAGUCGCGAUCGAAUGGUCGCCAAUAACCAUCAGAAGCAGUGAGCGUAAUAGCACGUUAUUUUUUAUCUGUGUUAUACUUCUUCUAAUUUACAUAUAUCAAUAUGUAUCAGUGUAUCGUCCGCGAUCUGUAGUAAUAAAUCGCGAUCUUUUAUUUGCGAGUAGAGAAUAAACGCGAGCAAGUGAGGAACUUUUCUAGCGAAGUCGCUCUCAGAGAUUAAUCAGAGGAUUCUUCGUUUAUCGGCGAAUAGCGUUAAAAUAUUUAUUUUAACAUUAUUCGAACUGCAAGGGAAAGGUUCUUUCUGCAAGAAUCGUACGAAGACUGUUAAUAUCCUGCGGAGUAAAAUUUCUCGGUAUGCACCGAACAUGCACUGUGCACUCGCUCGAAAAGUUUUCAUUCUUAAGAUCAACUCUCGAUAUACGCGAUACUUUCUCAAGUGAUCACUUGGAAGCAAUUCUCAAUCGUGUUUACCGCAGACAUUUGUCUGUCGAGAGUCGCUGUUGAGAGUGAGUCUUGAAAUCGAGAAUGAGUUAUCCGGUGUUGAAAAAUGCGUCGAAUUUCGCCCUGAUCGCGAUGAAAGAAAUAUAUAACUUUUUAGCUUCAUUUUUGUUUUCGUUAUCGUCGUCAACAAUACGUCGAUACUACUAACGUCCUGUGAAAAAAAGCAAGUGUUAUGUAGGUUUACAUUGCAAGAAAGCCUUGUCUCUCGAUUACGAGACGCAUAUAUAUUUUCAAAACCUCACGAUAUAAUGUUCGUAUAUCGAUGGAUAUUUUUAUUCAGCUUGAUAUAAACUCUUGAAAGUGCAUCAAACGCGAAAGUAUAACAACGAAGCAGGAUGAAAAAUGUACGUCCUCGAAGAAGUCUUUGCUAUCUUGCGUUGCAGCAUCUCGUCCACGCGAUUGGUUUGUGCAUUUCUGCUUUUCGGAUCAACGCGCGAGACAAAUCCUAACGAAUUCAUAUCAGGCUCCUCGAGCUUUCUCUGUCUACCUCAAGUCCUAAGAAGCAUGCCGCUGCUAUUUAUGUAAAUUAAUUUUAGAGCGAUCAAUUGUAAGAUGCGAGACUGCUAUAAUCUCAAUUUAAUAAAAAUACAAAAUUAAUUUACACUCCAAGUUUAUAUUCGGAAUAAAACGUGCAAAUUUUUUCUUCGCAGAUGCAACAAUUUAUACAGGGUGUCUGAUAAAUUGCUAAUGAACCGAAAUAUGUAGGUGGAUUAAGGCAAACUGAAGAGAAAAGUCAGAUACCAUGAUGCAAAAUAGUCAUUGAGUUAUUAAUUAUUAUGUCUAAGCAAAUGAGCGGCGCCCGCGGCGCGCGAGCGACGAGCGACACUACGCCCACCGAGCCCGGCCUACAGUCGGAAGCCUGUUUCCGUUCACUCAUUCGCUUAGACGUAUUAAUUAAAAACUUAAUAACUAUUGCGAAUUUUGCAUAUCUGACUUUUCUUUUCAGUUUGCCCUAAUCUACCUACAUACUUCGAUUGAUCAGUUACUUAUCAGACAUCCUGUAUAUGGUUCACUAAAAAAAAUAUAUAUAUGGAAUUACAUUUAAGACAAAUAUAGAUUAUGCCAAAUUAUUUGUUGAAUAUCGAUUUUUCACUGCCUGGUUAGCGACGGACACAUUUUUCACCCUACUUCGACGAGUAAGGCAGUAAAAUUAAACGUACAAGAAGGAAGAGAAGAGACACACUAUAAAAAUGUUAGCGGUCGCGCGAACACGAGGGGCGAGGGAUUUACCAUUCGUUUGUACAUACUUUAGCGGUGGCGAAACGGGAAAGAGUACAUUUUUUAUAUAUGACACAAAAUAAAGAAGAGAGAGAGCUCGCGCGAGAGCGGAGCGCGGCAAUCGGCAACGGAUUUGAGGGGAAUCGUUCUGUCACGCGCUCACGUUGCAGAAGCAGAGGUGAUGGCAUUCAAAGAGAUUCGCAUUGCGGCUCGACAGCCUGUUCCGGCGCGCAUCCGCGUGCGCGGCGGAAGGAAAUUCUUAGGGACGAUGUUGUAUGCUUUUCAUCGUCGACUUUUGAACCCGACAGAGUAUUUUUUGAUGCAUCGCACGUUUACAGAGUAGGGCGACGAAAAGCGAGCUCCCUUAUUCUCUCUCAAAUCUCUCUAUCCUUUCUCUCUGUCUUUCUCUCUCUUUCUCUAUCUCUCCCUCUCUCUCGUCGGAUUUUGACAAGUGCAUGUUAGUUCGCUAACUAAAGGAUGAGAUAAUUGUUACACACUCCGUAUACGGAUUCUUUUAAUCUCAGUAUCUAAUUAUUACGUGUCUUCAGUGGGUCCCCCGAGGAGAGGAAAACGCGUACGGCGUCGGAUUAAAGCUACGUUUUUGCGCUCGACUCUCGGUUCAAUUAAUGUCCUUUUUUUUAAAUCGAGACGCGCGAAGUGCAACAAUGGUGCCUGAUGAAAAUGCCUUUAUCAUGCUUCGGAAUUUCUCCUUGUCAUGUUAAGUCGAACGAAUUUUUUCGGGUGUAAAGUGAAGGGAAUCCACGUUAAUAUAUUCUUAAUUGUUACGAGUUGCCGAGAUAACUUUCAGCAACACGGAUAGAUGACUUUAGUUUCGUUUCAUCGUCGAUCCGCGGAUUGGACGAAGUAUUGUUUGACGCGUCGCGCGUCGACAAACUUGACUAAAAUUCGUCGAGAUAUCGAAAUACUGAUUUCAACUCGAUUGUUAAUACACACGGUAUCGAGUAUUGCAACACUUUGCGCAUGAUCGGAGAAAAGAUAGAAUGUAAGGGAUAAAGCAAAGAUGAUUCAGAAGCCUGAUGAGCGCGUUAUUAGCUGCUGCUUGAAUGUUUCGCCACUAGCAUCGCAGCGACCAGCGAAGCGUCAUGUAAAUGCACGACUUAUCGUCGCGACGAUGUACAUUGAUAUCGAUUAAGUAAACGCGGCCUUACACACACAUCGUAAUAUGAUACUUGCCGUCGCGAGUACGACGAGAUUUUACGGGAGCGUAAAAGCAAGGAGCGAGACUCGUUUUUAAGCUCAACGGUGGCAAAAGUUAGGCGGGAGAAAACGAAGGCAAAGAAAAGGAAACGAAGCACGGGGAAUUAGGGAUGUUAUCAAAAGUUUAAAAAAAAAAGCUAAAUUAUUAUACUAUACUUAUCGAUGCUAACGUUAGAAUUAUUAUGAUUAUCGUGGUUAUUCUUACUAUUGGUAAUUCUCCUAUACUCUACGAUUAAUUAGAUUAGGACAGUUUACGAAACGAUCUCUCUUUCUGUCUAUCUGUCUGUCUGUCUGUCUGUCUAUCUACCUAUUUAUCUGUCUAUCGAUUUUAUCUCGAUCUGUCCGUCUCUGUUUUGCUCCGUCAAUAGUGACUCUUCACUAAAUCUCGACACGAACACUUCUGUCGCCAGCUCUCUCCACUAGUCACUCUUGCCUUUUGUUCCUUCUCGCUCUUUUUCCUUUCUCUCUCUGUUAGUCUUUCUCUCUUCCCUCUUUCUUUCUCUUCUUUUCCCUUUCCACCUACCUCUUCUCAGUUUUGCGUUGAAACUGUGACUUUACUUACUGAACCGAAGAGAUGGUCUUUUUACUCUAGCCAGUGUUCUAGUCGAUUUAACUUUUACUCAACUGUUGUUCUCUCGUUAAUAAAAAUUCCGACAAAAAAAA